AAAAUAGAGAUAUGAUACGUUCGCUAGAUUUGAUGGUAGUAUUGGAUCAUUUAGCCUUUUGAAUGCAAUUACUCCAGCACUUCUGUUAAAGGUGCAUUGCUGUCAAUGGUACUUACAGUGCAGCUGUAAGCUUAGGAUACCUGCACCAUUCAUGUGCUUCACGUGAACCUCAAGUGCAAAUCUUUUGGAAAACCCGUGGUUUCUCCUUUCUGCAUACGAGUGUAACUCUAGGCCUUACUAGACCUGUCAGCAACAGCUAAGAAAUUCAACACCAACAAAUUAAGCUGUGACAGUCUUGAGGAAUGCUACUAAAAAGAGCAUGAGAAAUAGUCAGAAGUGAAGUAAACAAGAUAAAUAGUAUUUGGCAUCCCAGUACCUGACAACUGGAAUCCUACAGUUUCAACCAAGGCAGCAAACCAAAGGACAAAUAUUUAUCACUCCAUACAGUUUUUUUUUCCCUACUUCAUUAGCAAUCUUAACGUGCCUGGUCAUUGGAUAUCUUACUCUGUUAAUUGAAUCGCAAACAUUUUAUAAAAAUGUUUGGCUUUAUGGAACCAGCUGAUCUAGCUGUUGUAGCACUUUAUUUUGUCCUUGUAAUGUGCAUUGGUUUUUUUGCAAUGUGGAAGUCCAACAGAAGUACUGUGAGUGGAUACUUUCUUGCAGGACGCACCAUGACCUGGAUAGCAAUAGGUGCUUCAUUGUUUGUGAGCAAUAUUGGCAGUGAACACUUUAUUGGGUUAGCAGGAUCUGGAGCUGCCAGUGGAUUUGCAGUAGGAGCUUGGGAGUUCAAUGCAGUGUUGCUUUUACAGUUACUAGGUUGGGUUUUCAUCCCUGUCUACAUCAGGUCUGGUGUGUUCACCAUGCCACAAUACCUUUCAAAACGUUACGGUGGUAACAGAAUAAAAGUCUAUUUUGCUUUAUUGUUUUUGACAUUGUAUGUUUUCACAAAGCUUUCUGUUGACCUGUACGCUGGUGCAUUGUUUAUCCGGGCCUCACUCGGCUGGGACCUAUAUCUCUCUAUCAUCAUCUUAAUUGGGUUGACUGCAGUGUUAACUGUUACAGGCGGACUUGUGGCUGUCAUCUACACAGAUGCCCUACAAGCAAUUCUUAUGAUUGGUGGAGCUUUAACAUUGAUGGUUGUUGGAAUGGUCAAGGUGGGAGGUUUUGAGGAGUUGAAACAGAGAUACAUGUUGGCCUCACCAAAUGUUACAACAGUUCUAGCCUCCUUCAACCUAAGUUCUACAAACACUUGCCGCAUUCACCCAAAAGAUGAUGCUCUCAAGAUGUUACGUGAGCCGUCUGAUGAGGAUAUUCCUUGGCCUGGCUUCCUGUUUGGUCAAACGCCAGUCUCAGCUUGGUAUUGGUGUGCUGAUCAAGUCAUUGUACAGCGUGUCUUGGCAGCAAAGAACAUUGCUCAUGCCAAAGGAGCUACCCUAAUGGCUGGUUUUCUGAAACUCUUGCCCAUGUUUAUCAUAGUCGUACCUGGUAUGAUUUCCAGAGUUCUCUUUACUGAUGAGGUUAUUUGCAUUAAUCCGGAGCAUUGUAUGCAAGUAUGUGGUAGCAGAGCAGGUUGCUCAAACAUUGCCUAUCCACGACUUGUAUUGGGAAUCUUGCCCGCAGGCCUUCGUGGCUUAAUGAUGUCAGUCAUGAUAGCAGCAUUAAUGAGUGAUUUGGAUUCUAUAUUCAAUAGUGCCAGCACCAUAUUUACCCUGGAUAUUUACAAACAUCUUCGAAAGGCUGCCAGCUCUCGUGAACUGAUGAUAGUAGGUCGUCUGUUUGUUGUCUUCAUGGUAGCUGUAAGCAUUGCCUGGGUUCCUGUAAUUGUAGAGAUGCAGGGAGGCCAAAUGUAUCUUUACAUUCAAGAGGUUGCAAAUUAUCUCACUCCACCAGUAGCAGCCCUCUUCCUCCUUGGUAUUUUCUGGAAGCGCUGCAAUGAGAAGGGUGCUUUCUAUGGAGGAUUGGUUGGAUCCAUUUUGGGAAUUAUACGCUUGAUUCUUGCUUUUAUUUAUCAAGCACCAGACUGUGACCAAGUUGAUACCAGACCAAGUUUUAUCAGAAAUAUUCACUAUAUGUACGUGUCAACUUUUCUGUUUUGGACCACUGUCAUUACGGCCAUUGUAGUAAGUCUGCUGACCCCUGCUCUUCCCAGGACAUUUACUUCUAGUACCAUGUUCUGGGCAUUAAAAGACUUGGACACUAUAAAAAGCUCUCAAAAAGAAGAAUGUGAUAAAUUAACAGAUCAAACUAUAGCUGAAUGCAAUGGCCAUACCACAAGUGCUCAUAAAAAGGACACCGAUGGAAUCGAAUUAGUUCUUUUAACACCUGAAAGCGAUGAUUCCAAAUCUUUGAAUUCGCCAGUCAUCUCAGAGGGACAAACAGUGAAUGAUCAUUACACAAAUGGACAAACAGUUGUUGUGGACCCAGAAACCAAAGAGGAACCAGAACUGGAAAGAAACAAAUGGUGGAAAUUUUUUGACUGCCUUUGUGGACUAAAAAAUUAUGAUGUGAAGAAUCCAGUAGCAAGAGUUUCUGUAGAAGAUGAAAUGAUUUGCAUACAAAUGCUACAAGAAAGUCGGAAGAUUAAAGUAUUGUUAAAUACUGGACUUCUAUUUGUAUUAUCUUGUGGCAUAUCCAUGUACCUUUAUUUCUCUUUGUAAAAUCAGCCUGAAAAUUUAAGUAAUUUUUUUUUGUUUUUGAAGUAUUUUCUUUUAAAUUUCCUUUUUUUGGCACAGGUAGAUAACUUUAUAAAGAAGUUAUGGUAAAAAGAGUUGGUGAGGGAGGGAGGUUAACUAAAAGUCCAUUUCACUCUGCCAGUCUGAUCUUGUGAUGCAGAACAUAUAUGGUAAAAUUAACCAAAGUGCCUUAUAUUAAGGUGGGGCAAACUACAUUGUAGUUCUGCCUCUGGUGUUUAGCAGCUGCUGUUGGGAAUGUGCAUGUUAGUUUCUGAAGAGGACCAAGAUUAAAUUCACUUAUGAAGUCACUAUAUGGUUCAAUAUACCUCUGUCCACAAUUGAGGCUCACUGGUCUCUUAUGGGUUAUCAGAGUGUGUCUCAUGACCAGUAAACUAUGCUAAGUGUGUGAAUCCGUGGCUGAAAAAUAAAUAUUGUAACCUUUGGAAUUAAGUCUGUGGCCAACUUAAUUUUGGGGUUUACAAUUUGUCACUAAAUAUUUUUUAUGUAGUAGAUGACUUUGUUUCUUUUCUGGCAAUUAUUCUGUGAACGAUAAGCUACAACUGAUUUUAUUAAAAAAAAAUCUAUGAAAUAUUUAUUUUAAAGUUAUUUUUCUGCCCAAAUACAUCACCAAAUGUGUAAAUGGGAGAAGGGAAAUUUUAAUCUGUUGAUCAUAAAAUGCUUAUAAAUGUCUGAGCACUUAAAUAUUUUUGUCCCAAAAGUAGUUGAAUGGACUGAAUUAAUUACUACACUUAAUAUUUUAUAAGAAGUAAGAGCACUUCAAUUUUGCACUCCUAACUAUUUUUCCCUCAUAAUUAUCGCCAUCCUCAAUUCACCUGUUCCCACACUUGCUGCCCAGUAGUUUUUGGUUGAUGGUGACCUCCUUCCAGAUCUCUUCCACAGAGUUAGCUGGGAAAAGGUGUGCAGCAGUGGUCUUGGAAUAGGUUUUUUUUCUUCACAUCUCUAAUCCACCCUGUGGGAGUUGAGUUGUGUUGAACAUCAUCUUGCAUAAUAGGAUCAGGAAUUUACUGGAAUGGGCAGGGAGGUUGAGCCAAUUACUUUGUAUUUAGUGGAUGGAUACCUGUUUUUCCAGUAUAUAAUUGUGCUGUACAUGUUUGUAUAUGUUAAAUCAAUUUGUUAUAAUUUCUGCACUCCGAGAAAUUCAUUGAGAUAUCAUUGAGCAUGUAGGCCAACACAAGGAUCAUAGUCUUAACAUUUUAAUUUAUGAAAAGUUUUGCUAAUGUGUAAUAGUUAUGAUCAGCCUGUUAACCCUCAUAAAGUUAGUCCUGUUUUGGCCUAAAUCAAAUAAGAAGUAUUGUUUCUUUAUUAAGUAAGUGUCUACUUUUGGUUGUAUUCAGUGAUAACUAUAUGCGUUGUGGCAAUUAAAUUCUUUUAGCUUAUGUGGAGCAAGUAGGGUAGGUGUGAUAAUUAAACUGUUAUGUUAACAUAAUUGGCUCUUAACCCCUCCCCCAGCCCCAUUCUAUAUUUGUACUCAUGAAAUUUUUAAAAUUUGUAAAGCAUAAUGAUUGGAUGGAGGGGAAUCAGACACAUACAUGUUCCCAAGUUAAUUUUAGGUGUCAGUAUUCUCUGUACUAACCUGAACUAAUAAGAGGCCUACAUUUUUUUUUGAAAAAUGUUAGCUGCUUCUUUAUCAUUCUAAUAUCCUUGUAGAACUGUUUUUCUCCCACCACACUUUUUGGUUUCCUAUGUUUUUGUGUGCUUAUUUUCUCCUCAGUCAUUUUGCUUUUAAAAUUACAAUUUUAUUCUAAAGUUUGAUUUUUAUAUUCUUUUGAAUGAGCUGUUUAUAUUGCAUCAAAACACAAGUGCAGGUUAUUGUAAGAAAUUCUUUAAAUAAAACAGUCAUGAAGAGUGAACAAUAAUUUGUAUGUAGACAAAUUGAUUUUAUGUCUGUAUGAAAAAAAAUUGUGCCAAGCUCUCUCUCAUGUAGCAUGACAUUCCUCCAUUGAUGUGAGUUAGUGUCUAGUUUCCUAAUUACAUAUUCAAAUUCAAACUACCAACACUUUCAAUUGGGAAAGGAACCCACUGCAAGUGAUCAUCUUGAUCUACUUCGCUUUUCUUUACGUGCUGUUGACCAAUUGCAAAAGUUUAAACAUAUAAAAAGUGCUCGCCCAAGAACUAACUUUUAACUCAGAUGCAGAAUGGUUUAAUAUUUCAAGACAGAUGCUCUUAAUUCCAAAUUUUAACUUGGGAAAUGCUUAAUAAAUGCAGAGACAAAUUCUACAAAUGAAGUAUUUUUCCUUGAGCUUUGUAUGUAAAUUGUUUUUUUUUAUGUGGCCUAUGUAAUUUUUAGGAGAGGAAUGCACAGCUCUGGAACUUGUGUAUAGAGCCUGAUGUGAUUUUGUGACACAUGAACGUCUUGUACAUUUUUACUGUACCUGUAAUACUACAUUUUCAAAGUGAAAAAUCAGUUUAUUUAAACAAGUCACGCUUUUCACUGUCUGUUUAGUAGAAUGGAUAUUGCAUUAGUUGAUACACUUUUAUAGAGCACUGAAACAGACCCUUCAGUCCAAUUCGUCCAUGCCAACCAGAUAUCCCACCCCAAUCUAGUCCCACCUGCCAGCAUCUGGCUCAUAUCCCUUCAAACCCUUUCUAUUCAUAUACCCCAUCCAGAUGUCUUUUACAUGUUGGAAUUGUAUCAGCCUCCACCACCACCUCUGGCAGCCCAUUCCACACACGCACCACCCUCCGCAUGAAAAAGUUGUCCCUUCGGUCUCUUUUUUUUUAAAAAAAAUAUCUUUCCCCUCUUACCCUAAACCUAUGCCCUCUAGUUCUGACUCCCUCACCCUUGUCUAUUUACCCUAUCCAAGCCCCUCAUGAUUUUAUAAACCUCUACAAAGUCACCCCUCAGCCUCCGAUGUUCCAGGGAAAACGGCCUCCGCCUAUUCCACCACACCCUAUAGCUCAAACUCUCCUACCCUGACAACAUCCUUGUAAAUGUUCUCUGUAUCCUUUCAAGUUUUACCACAUUCUUCCAAAAGGAAGGAGACCCUAAUUGUGCGCAAUAUUCCAAAAGUGGCCUAACCAAUGUCCUGUACUCCAUACUCUGACCAAUAAAGGAAAAUGUACCAAAUGCCGCCUUCGCUAUCCUAUCUACCUGUUGACUGUACGUUCAAGGAGCUAUGAACCUGCACUCCAAGGUCUUUGUUCAGCAACACUCCCAGGACCUUACCAUUCAGUGUACAAGUCCUGCUAAGAUUUGCUUUCCCAAAAUGCAGCACCUCGCAUUUAUCUAAAUUAAACUCCAUCUGCCGCUCCUCAGCCCAUUGGCCCAUCUGAUCGAGAUCCCAUUGUAAUCUGAGGUAACCUUCUUCACUGUUCACUACACCUCCAAUUUUGGUGUCAUCUGCAAACUUACUAACUAUAGCUCCGAUGUUCAUAUCCAAAUCAUUUAUAUAAAUGAGGAAAAGUAGUGGACCCAGCACCCAUCCUUGUGGCACUCCACUGGUCACAGGCCUCCAAUCUGAAAAACAACCCUCCACCACUACCCUCUGUCUUCUACUUUCGAGCCAGUUCUGUAUCCAAAUGGCUAGUUCUCCCUGUAUUGCCUGGGAUCUAACUUUACUAACCAAUCCCCCAUGGGGAACCUUGUCGAGCACCUUACUGAAGUCAAAGUGUGGUGCUGGAAAAGCGCAGCAGGCCAGGCAGCAUCUGAGGAGCAGGAGAAUUGAUGUUUCGGGCAUAAGCCCUUCUUCAGGAAUGAGACAUGAUUUCCCAUGCACAAAGCCAUGCUGACUACCCCUAAUCAGUCCUUGGCUUUCCAAAUACAUGUACUCCUGUUUAAGGAUUCCCUCCAACAACUUGUCCACCACUGACAUCAGGCUCCCUGGGCUUGUCCUUAACAUCUUUCUUAAAUAGUGACACCACAUUAGCCAACCUCCGGUCUUCCGGCACCUCACCUGUGACAGUCAAUGAUACAAAUAUCUCAGCAAGGGGCCCAGCAAUCCCUUCCCUAGCUUCCUCCACAGUUCUCGACACUUCCUCCUCUGUAAUAUGGAUAUUUUUCAAGAUGUCACCAUCUAUUUCCCUACAUUCUAUAUCUUCCAUGUCCUUUUCCACAGUAAAUACUGAUGCAAAGUACUCAUUUAGUAUCUCCCCCCACUUACUGCACCUCCACACAAAGGCUGCCUUAAAACCUAUGGAUUCUUCUUAACCCUAUUUGCCAAAGCUAUCUCAUGUCCCCUUUUUGCCCUCCUGAUCUUCCUCUUAAGUAUACUCCUACUGCAUUUAUACACAGCUAACGAUUUAUUCGACCUAUCCUGUCUAUACCUGAUAUGUUUCCUUUUUCUUAACCAAACCCUCAAUUCUCUAGUCAUCCAGCAUUCCCUACACCUACCAGCCUUUCCUUUCACUAUAACUGGAAUGUACUGUCUCUGAACUCUAGUUAUCUUAUUUCUGAAGGCUUCCCAGUUUCCAGCUGUCUCUUUUUUUUCGUUACUGACUGCAAUUUGCAAGCUUAUAAAUUUUGUACCGUGUAACAUUUAUCAAACAGUACUGAGUUUGUAUUCCGCGUCAUAAUUCAUAGUAUGGAUCUAAUUAGAAUGGAUAAAUACAAGAUGAAAUCUAUUUAUUGCUUAUUUUCCUUUCUGUUUUUCCCAUUUGUGUAUCCUUACAUUCUUGUCUAAAUUUUAGACAAACCUGCAGUGUUCUUUUCAUAAGUUAGCUUUCCGUUUUAUUGAAUAAGGACCAGUACUUGAAGUAUUUAUUGGCUGGAAAGUAAUUCUGAAAUGGCUUUAGCCAGUGAAUUGGAGGUAUUGAAUUUGAUAUGUUUGUAGUCAAAGGUUUCAGGUGAAAUUCUGCUACAGGUUUUUACAAACAAAUUUAAGUUGAUGAUCUCUGAGGCAUUGUGAAAGGAAUUACUGUGUAAGUUUUCUUGAAGCAAAUUAUCCUGAUGUCAGAAAAGCUAUAUACAUGUCCUCACUUAAUAAAUUUGAAGUUGCUGUCCUAUUGAAAGAAUGGCAUUUAUAAUAAUAAUAUUGAGAAAUAUCCAAAGGAAAGCAAGGGGCAAGGAGUUGUUCCAACAAACGGUUCUCAGAAAAAAAACAGGACUACUUUUUCAGAAUUCAAAUUGUAAAGGAGAUUAGAAAAUGUAGCAUAAUAAAGUGGUCAGUUGAAAUGCUGGGACUGGACAAAGUUGCAAAUUAUUGUUUUCAGUAAUGAAUAGAUCAUUUGAAAUCUGUCAAUUUUUGAAUCUCUUGGUUCAGCUACUUAAUUGUGCUGCUUUGUGUGAGAAGUUUAAUGUUGAAGUAUUGUGCUAAAACUUUUUUUGGUAUUUUUUAUGGUCAUUGAUCCUGGCGCAACGCAGCGUUUACCUGAGAACAUGUAUGCUUUUGUUAGAGGGAAUGCAGAAAAUGGGGUAUUGAAAAAUUAGCAUUUUAAAUUUAUAAUUCAAUUGUAUAAAUAGAAUAAAACUUUAAAACAAAAGAAGGCUGUAAAUCAGGGACAAUAAGAUAUUUUUGGGAAAGAGUUUAUAAAAAUGCAGAUUUGAAUUGCUUAUUCGUGAGUGCUGAAAGGAUGCAGUGCCCAACUUAUGUUUGGAAUGAGUGAAUCAGCUUUAAAUAGAUCCUGUUUCAUUCCUAAUCAUUUGUGGUGUCUGUUAUUUCAGGUGAUUGAAAGGUAUAGUGACUCAGAUUUUAAUAUUCUAUGUUGCACUUGUGUAGUUGAGUAGAGAUAAUUAAUUUUUAUCCACGAUUUCAAUUUUGCUUUAACAGAUUACCAAAGCUAAUUUAAAAUUUGGAUAAUCUUGUUUAGUUGUGAUCUAUCCAAGCUGAUUAAUCUUCAGUAAUCAGUUUGGAUAGUUCGCAAAUUGUAAAGUGUGUGAUAGCUUGAAGCUAUCCUAAUUGGCAGUACUGCCAUGAUAGAACCAUAAAGCAAGACUUUCAAAAGAUGUUGGAUACAUGGCUCAAGCUUGUAGUGAUAGUGGAUUGUUUCCCAGCUACCCGUACCCAUGUCGCCUCUGUCAAUUUUGGCUUACCAAAUAUAAACUGCAAUUAGAGAAAUAAUUCCAAUUGUAGGCACUCCAUCUUUUUACAUCUUUCUAAACAAAACCACCCAUUUUUUAAGAGUGACAAGAAAACAAACCACCUGUUACACAAGUGACAUGACUUCUUAUCAGAAAUUAUGCAAUUAAAAACUGACAUAACAUCAUUAAUAUUGUAAACCUUACCAGGUCUGCUCCAUUACAUUUGAAAAUUGCAAUAGAAAGUUGAAAACUUGCAUGUUGAAGGUGUAAUAGGAAUUUCUGUAUUAAUUAUUCUUCACAUACUGGAUUUGUAAAAAUUUAUCCUGGCGCAGAUGACCAGUAAGUAUUUCAGGCAACUCUAGAGCAUUGAUGUUCUGAUGAAGAGUCCUGACUUAAAAUGUCGAUUUUCCUGCUCCUCUGAUGCUGUCGGACCUGCUGUGCCUUUUCAGCUACACAUUUUAUCAACUCUAGAACAUUCUCCUGAUUCCUAUUGAAAAUACCAAGUGAAUUCUUCAGACUUUUUUUUUGACAGUUGUUGCUAGCUAUGCUUUGAAACUAUAUUUUGCUGUCACCUGUUUGGCCAUUAAUACCUGUAUAGGAAAUAUAAGGUAGGGAAUUCUCGUUCAAAAUUUGUUCUUCACAGUGAAAUGAAUUUAAAGGUUAUAGACCAGGACCGUUCAAUGUUAAUUUGUAUCACAAUGAUUUGAAAAUUCAAAACUUUGUUUAGUUUAAUCUUGCAAAUUGCUAUAAAACAUUUAAGUGGGGGGUUUUAAGUGCUUUGAUUUGGAAAUUAAGAUGUAUGUCUUUGAUUCAGAAACAUUUAACAUUCAACAUUCAGUCAAAUGUAUACAAAUGAGAAUAUUUGACAAUGAUAGUUAAUGUUAGAGUCUAGAUUAUUGCUCAAUUCAUCUCUAACUUAGAUGGAUUUUUAAAGUUGACGCUGUCUGACAGGAUGUACCAAAUAGAGAUUUUUAUUUUGAAACUAUUCAUUCAGCCUCCAACAUCACGUGAUUCCAGAAUGGUGGGUGAAGCAGCUGGGGCAAGGUUGUUUUAAAAUGUUUGUUAACCCAACCAAUCUACAGCUCCAGCAGGGUUAAACGUUGUAAUUGAAAAGUCUUGCAGGGAAUACAGUCUUCCUUGUCAAGUUCAUCCAGAUUUAUUUGUUGAAGUUUUAUGCAUUUUGUGUAGAAACAGUAAUGCAGGGUUUGUUAUGUCAUUAGGAAGUGGUGGUUUGUUUUAUAAUAAGGGAGUCAUGUGAACAGUGAAGAAGUUUAAAACACCAAGUUAGAUGAAAUGCAGUUUUAUUCUUGUAGGAUAAUUAGAAAGGAAUUCAAUUUGGUUUUAGAUUUUUUUUGUCCACCUGUAAGAAGCCUAUGAUUAUGUAAUUCACAAACUAUAUAAGUCAAUUAGCCUUAACCAAGAAAAAUAUUGUUUUUACCUGUGAUUGUGUAACUUGUACUUUUUAAAAGUAUUUUAUGUACUUAACAAAUAACUAAUAAAAGUUAUAAAAGGAA